UUCACCGUCCAAUCACCUGAGGACAAAGUUGACACCAAACGACGUUUUUCAGCGAGAAAAAUGGUGCACAUUGUCCAAUGAUCCUCCAAUAUAGGAACCGUUUAAAGUCAGAAUGGGCCGAAGCUACAUCGUGGAUGAAUUGGUUGAGAAAUACCUCGUAAAUCUUAAGACCAUAGAUGCUUCCUAUAUCACAGGACUCUUAAUUGGGCAGUUUUCACCACAGAAAGACUUUGUGGUGCUGGCAGCACGGACCCCACCGAAGGAGAAGGAGGCUGGGGGGUCCUCGUCCGAUGGUGGCGGGAUGGUGAGCUCACUGGACGACAUUGACGUCCAGUGGGUCUCUGAGCAUGCCAAGCAGGUUUCCCACAUGUUACCCGGCAGUUUGGCAGUCCUUGGUGUAUUCCUUGUUCAUCCACCUGAAUUGUCAAAAGAAGCCCAGAAUUCACUGAGACGGCUGAUCUUCGCUGUGGACAAGCGCUUAUCGAAGGGGCGGCUGUGGAAGCUCACAGAGGAUGACGUGCCAGAGAGAGUCAUGCUUCAGAUCUGCUCAAAAACAAGGAAAGCAAUCUGUCGGACAUUUGAUGUGCAAGACCCCAAGAGCUCAGCAAAGCCUGCAGAUUGGAAGUACCAGGCCGGAGUGUCAGCCUCCUGGCAGGUUCUGCAAUGUUCAGUGGAUCUCGACGUGCUUUUCCCCAUGGCAGAGACGUCGUCCUCAAACUUGGACAAGUGCACAAAGGACGGGCUUCAGAGAUGGGCAAAUCAGAUUGAAACCAGUAUUUGUCUCAUUAAUGGUAAACGUCUGCCCGAUCACUUCGAUGUGACAGCGGGACAGAAAAAGAACUCCAAGGCGGCCCAGUCAAAGCUUCAGGCCCAGAUCCUCAUUCCAACCAAGGUGGGGCUAAAGGCGGACCAGAGGUCCACGGCGUCGGUACAGGCAUGUAAAGGGUUCCUGACUAUGAAGGGGGUUAUGCACUGCAGGGCCUACAUCCAUAGCAACAAACCCCGGGCAUGCCAGGCCGUGGAGGCUAUCAAGAGGGACCUUAUGAACACGGUCUCCUGCAGGACCGAGAUGCUGUUUGAAGACCUCUUCAUGAACGAAGGCAGUUCAGACAGAGGUGCGGUGAGCGGGCAGCAGCCCCUGCCCCAGCGGGUGUUUGCACCCGUGCCAGGCACUGGCUUCUGCAUCUGUGACUACAUGUUCCCAGAUGAAAGCCUGGUGGACGUCAGCGAGCGUUUCAAGGAGAUGCUGGACUGUGACAUCCUAGAGGAGACGAUAGACACAACCCAGGAAGCUGCUCUAAAGCAAUCAAAUAUAGUGGAUAAUUCAGAAGAAUGCACAGAUAACAUAACAUCAGAGAUGCCAACAGAAGCCCCUGAGAACCAGAGAUCCCUUCAGACUUAUGUUGGCGUGGCGGUGGCCACUGGAGUUGCCCUCCUCGCCACAGCUGCCUCGCUGCUUUAUCUCAGUGACUGAAGAAGGAAAAGAAUACACCCACACUGAAGGGAGGGGAAAUUUUGAACGGAGAACAGUUCAUAAUUCAAAUACAGGCACUUUUUUUAUUCAAGCAGUUAUUCCUCUCACAUCGAUUACAUUUCGCAGCGUCAGCAGGUCACUAGUGGCAGAGGGAGAACAUUAAGCAGAGCUAAGUGUCGUGUUUCUCUCCAGGGCCCACUGUGCAGGCGCGCAUCUCCCCUGUCUUCACCAUCGCCUUCUGUGCAUGCCGGCUAUAAACGUCACCUGACAUCUUGACGAGUUACCUCAUGCCAGGUUUGCCAACGCCCAAAGUCAGGCUGAAACGCGAUCAUUCUUGGCAAUACUGGUUCACUUCAUGUUAACGGAUUAGAUAAUUUAAGGACCUCUGGCAUGGAACAUCCUAAGCAUCCCAAAGGAUGACGUGUCCUGUAGUAGUUUAGGAAUGCAAAAUAAACCCAUCAGAAGGGCAAUUGUCAUUAUAAGACAGAACUCUGUUCAAGUUUCUGUUAUGGAAAGCUUUGUUCAUU